UUUAAAAGGAACUGUUUGUGUUUUCUUCCAGAGGUGUACAGGAUCAAGCUCCUAACACCAUGGAUAUGGAUAUGCACCCACAAGGACAGCAAGCAGGCGUGCCAGUAUUUCAACCUCAGAAACCGCUGCAGCCAGAUAUGGGCUAUAACUCAUUGGCCAACUUCCAGAUUGAGAAGAAGAUCGGACGCGGUCAGUUCAGCGAGGUGUACCGAGCGAGGUACCUGUUGGACAACACGUCGGUGGCCUUAAAGAAAAUCCAGAUAUUCGAGUUGAUGGAUGCCAAAGCUCGGCAAGAUUGCAUCAAAGAGAUAGAUCUCCUUAAGCAAUUGAAUCAUCCCAAUGUGAUAAAGUAUCACGCAUCUUUUAUUGAGGACAAUGAGCUGAACAUAGUUCUGGAGCUAGCUGAUGCCGGGGAUCUCUCUCGUAUGAUCAAGCACUUUAAGAAGCAGAGGAGGCUCAUCCCAGAGAGAACGGUGUGGAAGUACUUCGUCCAGCUCUGCAGUGCGCUUGAACACAUGCACUCCCGAAGAGUCAUGCACAGAGAUAUCAAGCCAGCCAAUGUGUUCAUCACAGCUACUGGUGUGGUUAAACUGGGAGACUUGGGACUGGGAAGAUUCUUCAGCUCCAAAACAACUGCUGCUCACUCUCUUGUGGGUACCCCUUACUACAUGUCACCAGAGAGGAUACAUGAAAACGGCUACAACUUCAAAUCUGACAUCUGGUCGCUAGGAUGCCUCCUCUACGAGAUGGCAGCCUUACAGAGUCCUUUCUAUGGGGAUAAGAUGAACCUCUACUCACUUUGCAAGAAGAUAGAACAGUGUGACUACCCCCCUCUUCCUGCAGAUCACUACUCAGAAGAGCUGAGGAACCUGGUAGAUAUGUGCAUCAACCCCGACCCAGAGAAGAGGCCGGACAUCGCUUACGUGUACGGCAUCGCCAAACACAUGCAGAGUGUCACACAGGGCUGCUAAGCCCGGAGUCGCACACUACACCCUGCAGAACUCCUCCACUCAUCCACUCCUGCCUUUCAUGUUGGACUCCUAACACCACUUUUGCCCUUUACAAAAACAAAAAAAAAACUUUCCUCCAGAGUUUAGCUCCUGGUGAUACCUGGUACAUGAAGCUGAUUUUUUUUACCGCCAGGGCAAAGUUUAUGAAACAGACCAGAGUCAGUGAUCUAGAUGUUCUUCUCUCAGUAGGUAGAUUUUCAAUUUUAGGAUUUGAAUUUCAACUUUUCUUUUGUUAAGGUUGAACAAUUGUCUCAGCUUGUGUUUGCUGGCAUCCAUCCUGCAGCUGUGACUAUCAUUUACCUCAGUCGGUGACAUUAGUUGGUAGAAAUAGUGACUUUUCAGACCCUUUCAACAACUUCUCAUGUGUUUUCAGUGGUUUGCAACGUUCUGAACAGUAUUGCAUCGCGAAACAAAAAUAAUAUUCUUCUAUGCAGGCUGUACAUAUCGGUGCCCCCAGAUCAUAAUUUGUGCCAUGCACACGUUCCCAAACUCCUUUCCACUUGUCACAUUAUAACCACAAACUUUAGAGUAUUUUACUGUAACUUUAUGUGAUAAAGAAACAAAACUAGAGUAAGGAAACAGAUGAACAGUUAAUUUAGCAAUUAUGUCUUUACGUUGGUCAGUUGCAUAAAAUCCCAAUAAGAUGCACGAAAGCAGGGGUGUCCAAGGCGACACAGAGUCAUUUUGUGCGACCAUAAUACAAAAAAUGGCACAAAUUAGAUUUUUCUACAUGAGGUUGGACAAAAUCGUAAAGUUUGCAAUUAUGUGAUGCCGUUAAAAAACAUUCAGAUGAAUUCAAUAUUUUUUUAUGGAAUGUAUAACAACCAUGUCUUUCUCUUUUAUUUAAACUUUAUAGUAAACAGGACAGCAGACAUCCAGUGACUUUUACUUGAGCUAGUAAACUCGGAUAAAUAAAGCAGUUCGUUCUGAACCCGUAUGUUGUUAUUGUUGGUGCUCAACAUAAAUCCAAAGAUAUUAGAGAUAAACAUUAGUUUUAUUAGUACCGAUAAAAAGGAAACAUUUAGCAAAAAAAGGCCCUGAAGUAAAACAACAGACAAAUUUUGUGACCCUCAGUUACGUUUAAACUGACCGUUUGGACCCACAGUGAAAAGUUUGGACACCUCUGCACUAAAGUUUGUAUUUAUAAUGCAAAGUUCAAAGCUUAUGAAUACUUUUGAAAGGCCCAAUAAAUAUUAUAAGCCCAGAAAGAUGAGAGUUAGGACAGGCCCAACUAAAGGUCAUUAUGUUCUCUGCAAGAACAAGUAUCAAGUAAAAGGUUCUGCCCAGCUGUCAAAAACAUCCAUCUGUUGUCUGUACACACCUUUCCUUGCAAAAUGGUGGGACUCCGCUGCCUAGCUCCAGAGGUCACAUCCUGGAAAGGAUGCAGGGCAACACAGACACACACCGGACAAAAGACCACACACACACACACACACACACUCAUCCCUAGGAACAAUUUAGAGAGACCAAUUAGCCUAACAGUGACGUUUCUGGACUGUGGGAGAAUCCCAGAAAACCCUGAGAACCCAGACAUGCCUGGGGAGAACAAUUGAUGCAUAAAGACAGCAGACUGGGAUUCAAACCCAGAACCUCCUUUCUGCAAGGUAGUGGAGCCGCAUGUCCAAAAAAAACCCAAAAAGCUGCAAAAACUCCCAAACCAUGUCUCUGUUCUUGCAGAGUGUGAGGCCUGAGCACCGAACCCUUUCUGCUCACAAAAACAAUUAUGGAAAAUAUAUUUAUCUAUUUUUUUUUUAUUAUUUUAUUUUUUUAGAAAAUUUGUUAAGUGGAGAAGGUCGACAGUUAGAAAAUAGUUGGCAAAAAAAAAGCCAUAUUAGCUUUAAAUAUGUAAAAAAAA